AUGGGCAGCAAUGAAGCCAGCAACGUAUCAAAAUUCUACAACAUCAUCAAUGGCGAGAAGCGCUCCGCCGCUACCUUUCACCAGGUGACUGACCCGCGCACCGAGCGGCCGCUGUGGAAUGUGCCUAUCGCAACCCCAGAGGACCUGAAUGAGGCAGUUCAGGCGGCGAACAAAGCUUUUCAGACAUGGAAAAAGACCACAAUCCCCGAGCGCCAGGCAGCGCUGGCCAGGAUGGUCGAGGUGAUUGAGGCCAAUGCGGCGGAGCUGGCUGACCUCGCGAGGAGGGAGACGGGCAAGUCUGUGCUGCUGGGUCAGAUUGAAAUUGGGAACACGACGAGGCAGAUCAAGGUCAUCUGUAAGUUUCUUCCGACCAGGCCUCUCGAGGACCACGUGCAGCACGAAGAUGAACAGGUCAAGAUAAUAGCAACUCACCCGCCCCUCGGCGUCGUGGCCGCCAUCUGCCCCUGGAACUUCCCCGUAAUCCUUUCUACCCUCAAGAUUGCGUCGGCCCUCAUCACGGGCAACUGCGUCAUCGUGAAGCCCUCCCCCUUCACGCCGUACGCUGUGCUCCGCAUCGUUGAGUUGUGCCAGACCGUCCUCCCGCCCGGUGUCUUUCAAGGCCUGCACGGUGACGCGGACCUUGGCGCCCUCAUGACCACCCAUGCCGACAUCGCCAAGAUCUCUUUCACGGGCACCAUCGCCGUCGGUAAGAAGAUUAUGGCCGCCUGCGCAGGGACCCUCAAGAAGCUCACCCUUGAGCUCGCUGGCAACGACGCCGCCAUCGUCCUGCCGGAUGUCGAUGUUGCCGAGGCCGCCGCCAAGACCGCCACAGGCAGCUUUUUCAACGCGGGCCAGAUGUGCGUCGCCACGAAACGGGUCUACGUGCACGAGGACAUCUAUGACGACUUCCUACAGAAGUUCAAGGCCGAGGUCAAAGAGAAGUAUCGCAUCGUCGGCGAUGGAGAAGCCCCGUCCUUGUUCGGCCCCGUGUCGAACAAGACCCAGCUGAAGACGGUGAAGGGUAUGCUUGCAGACGCGGAGAAGAGAGGUCUGAAGACGGAGAGCUUUGAGGAGACGGUUCCUGAGAAGGGGUACUGGGUCCCCGCCACUGUCAUUAUCGAUCCGCCUGAGGACGCGCUUUGUGUGCAAGAGGAGCAGUUCGGACCAAUCAUUCCCAUCCUGAGAUGGCGUGAUGAGGAGGAUGUCCUCGCGCGUGCUAAUCUGGACAACGCAGGCCUUGCGGCGGCCGUAUACUCCAAGGACAUCGCCCGGGCCGAGAGCUUCGCGCGGAGGCUUGAGUGCGGCUCCGUGUACAUCAACACGUUCGAGCUGCCCAACGAGAACGCCUUCUUCUCUGGUGUCAAGGACAGUGGGUUGGGAGGCGAGAUGGGCAAGCAAGGGUUGUUGAGCUAUUGUUAUACGCAAAGUAUUCAUUUCUCAAAGAUUUGA